AUGUUUGUGCCAUGCCACGCCGUGCCAUGUGGGGGUGGAGGAGGUGUGGGAGGAGGGACGGAAAGAGCAAGGAAAACGUGGGACGCAAGCGCAAGGCAGAGAGAGGAGGUGAAUGAGGCGAGGGGUUUACUUCUGGUGGAUGUGCGCUUACUUCUGGUGGAUGUGCUCUCACUUCUGGUGGAUGUGCUCUCACUUCUGGUGGAUGUGCUCUCACUUCUGGUGGAUGUGCUCUCAAUUCUGGUGGAUGUGCUCUCCCUUCUGGUGGAUGUGCUCUCACUUCUGGUGGAUGUGCUCUCACUUCUGGUGGAUGUGCUCUCACUUCUGGUGGAUGUGCUCUCACUUCUGGUGGAUGUGCUCUCACUUCUGGUGGAUGUGCUCUCACCUCUGGUGGAUGUGCUCUCACCUCUGGUGGAUGUGCUCUCACCUCUGGUAGAUGUGCUCUCACUGCUCGUGGAUCUGCUCUCACUUCUGGUGGAUGUGCUCUCACUGCUGGAGGAUGUGCUCUCACUUCUGGUAGAUGUCCUCUCACUUCUGGUGGAUGUGCUCUCACUUCUGGUGGAUGUGCUCUCACUUCUGGUGGAUGUGCUCUCACUUCUGGUGGAUGUGCUCUCACUUCUGGUGGAUGUGCUCUCACUUCUGGUGGAUGUGCUCUCACUUCUGGUGGAUGUGCUCUCACUUCUGGUGGAUGUGCUCUCACUUCUGGUGGAUGUGCUCUCACUUCUGGUGGAUGUGCUCUCACUUCUGGUGGAUGUGCUCUCACUUCUGGUGGAUGUGCUCUCACUUCUGGUGGAUGUGCUCUCACUGCUGCUGGAUGAGCUCUCACUUCUGGUGGAUGUGCUCUCACUUCUGGUGGAUGUGCUCUCACUUCUGGUGGAUGUGCUCUCACUUCUGGUGGAUGUGCUCUCACUUCUGGUGGAUGUGCUCUCACUUCUGGUGGAUGUGCUCUCACUUCUGGUGGAUGUGCUCUCACUUCAGGUGGAUGUGCUCUCACUACUGGUGGAUGUGCUCUCACUGCAGGUCGAUGUGCUCUCACUUCUGGUGGAUGUGCUCUCACUUCUGGUGGAUGUGCUCUCACUUCUGGUGGAUGUGCUCUCACUUCUGGUGGAUGUGCUCUCACUUCUGGUGGAUGUGCUCUCACUUCUGGUGGAUGUGCUCUCACUGCUGCUGGAUGAGCUCUCACUUCUGGUGGAUGUGCUCUCACUUCUGGUGGAUGUGCUCUCACUUCUGGUGGAUGUGCUCUCACUUCUGGUGGAUGUGCUCUCACUUCUGGUGGAUGUGCUCUCACUUCUGGUGGAUGUGCUCUCACUUCUGGUGGAUGUGCUCUCACUUCAGGUGGAUGUGCUCUCACUCUGGUCGAUGUGCUCUCACUUCUGGUGGAUGUGCUCUCACUUCUGGUGGAUGUGCUCUCACUUCUGGUGGAUGUGCUCUCACUGCUGUGGAUGUGCUCUCACUUCUGGUGGAUGUGCUCUCACUUCUGGUGGAUGUGCUCUCACUUCUGGUGGAUGUGCUCUCACUUCUGGUGGAUGUGCUCUCACUUCUGGUGGAUGUGCUCUCACUUCUGGUGGAUGUGCUCUCACUUCUGGUGGAUGUGCUCUCACUUCUGGUGGAUGUGCUCUCACUUCUGGUGGAUGUGCUCUCACUUCUGGUGGAUGUGCUCUCACUUCUGGUGGAUGUGCUGCCACUUCUGGUGGAUGUGCUCUCACCUCUGGUGGAUGUGCUCUCACCUCUGUGGAUGUGCUCUCACCUCUGGUAGAUGUGCUCUUACUGCUCGUGGAUGUGCUCUCACUGCUGGAGGAUGUGCUCUCACUUCUGGCAGAUGUCCUCUCACUUCUGGUGGAUGUGCUCUCACUUCUGGUGGAUGUGCUCUCACUUCUGGUGGAUGUGCUCUCACUUCUGGUGGAUGUGCUCUCACUUCUGGUGGAUGUGCUCUCACUUCUGGUGGACGAGCUGUCACUGCUGGUGGAUGUGCUCUCACUUCUGGUGGAUGUGCUCUUACUUAUGGUCGAUAUGCUUUCAGUUCUGGUGGAUGUGCUCUCACUUCUGGUGGAUGUGCUCUCACUUCUGGUGGAUGUGCUCUCACUUCUGGUGGAUGUGCUCUCACUGCUGGUGGAUGUGCUCUCACUGGUGGUGGAUGUGCUCUCACUUCUGGUGGAUGUGCUCUCACUUCUGGUGGAUGUGCUCUCAUUUAUGGUGGAUGUGCUCUCACUUCUGGUGGAUGUGCUCUCACUUCUGGUGGAUGUGCUCUCACUUCUGGUGGAUGUGCUCUCACUUCUGGUGGAUGUGCUCUCACUUCUGGUGGAUGUGCUCUCACUACUGGUGGAUGUGCUCUCACUGCAGGUGGAUGUGCUCUCACUGCUGGUAGAUGUGCUCUCACUUCUGGUGGAUGUGCUCUCACUUCUGGUGGAUGUGCUCUCACUUCUGGUGGAUGUGCUCUCACUUCUGGUGGAUGUGCUCUCACUUCUGGUGGAUGUGCUCUCACUUCUGGUGGAUGUGCUCUCACUUCUGGUGGAUGUGCUCUCACUUCUGGUGGAUGUGCUCUCACUUCUGGUGGAUGUGCUCUCACUUCUGGUGGAUGUGCUCUCACUUCUGGUGGAUGUGCUCUCACUUCUGGUGGAUGUGCUCUCACUUCUGGUGGAUGUGCGCUCAACUCUGGUGGAUGUGCUCUCACUUCUGGUGGAUGUGCUCUCACUUCUGGUGGAUGUGCUCUCACUUCUGGUGGAUGUGCUCUCACUUCUGGUGGAUGUGCUCUCAACUCUGGUGGAUGUGCUCUCACGUAUGGUGGAUGUGCUCUCACUUCUGCUGAAUGUGCUCUCAACUCUGGUGGAUGUGCUCUCACUUCUGGUGGAUGUGCUCUCAACGCUGGUGGAUGUGCUCUCACUUCUGGUGGAUGUGCUCUCACUUCUGGUGGAUGUGCUCUCAACUCUGGUGGAUGUGCUCUCACGUAUGGUGGACGUGCUCUCACUGCUGCUGAAUGUGCUCUCACUUCUGGUGGAUGUGCUCUCACUUCUGGUAGAUGUGCUCUCAACGCUGGUGGAUGUGCUCUCACUUCUGGUGGAUGUGCUCUCACUGCUGGUGGAUGUGCUCUCACUGCUGGUGGAUGUGCUCUCACUGCUGGUGGAUGUCCUCUCAUUGCUGGUGGAUGUGCUCUCACUUCUGGUGGAUGUGCUCUCACUUCUGGUGGAUGUGCUCUCACUUCUGGUGGAUGUGCUCUCACUUCUGGUGGAUGUGCUCUCACUUCUGGUGGAUGUGCUGUCACCUCUGGUGGAUGUGCUCUCUCCUCUGGUGGAUGUGCUCUCAUUGCUGGUGGAUGUGCUCUCACUUCUGGUGGAUGUGCUCUCACUUCUGGUGGAUGUGCUCUCACUGCUGGUGGAUGUGCUCUCACUGCUGGUGGAUGUGCUCUCAGUGCUGGUGGAUGUGCUCUCACUUCUGGUGGAUGUGCUCUCACUUCUGGUGGAUGUGCUCUCACUUCUGGUGGAUGUGCUCUCACUUCUGGUGGAUGUGCUCUCACUUCUGGUGGAUGUGCUCUCAACUCUGGUGGAUGUGCUCUCACGUGUGGUGGACGUGCUCUCACUGCUGGUGAAUGUGCUCUCACUUCUGGUGGAUGUGCUCUCACUUCUGGUGGAUGUGCUCUCACUUCUGGUGGAUGUGCUCUCAACGCUGGUGGAUGUGCUCUCACUUCUGGUGGAUGUGCUCUCACUUCUGGUGGAUGUGCUCUCACUUCUGGUGGAUGUGCUCUCACUUCUGGUGGAUGUGCUCUCACUUCUGGUGGAUGUGCUCUCACUUCUGGUGGAUGUGCUCUCACUUCUGGUGGAUGUGCUCUCACUUCUGGUGGAUGUGCUCUCACUGCUGGUGGAUGUGCUCUCACUGCUGGUGGAUGUGCUCUAA